AUGGUUAAUACUCAGAACUUCGCUACUUAUACCAGCCAAACCUGCUGGCUGUCUUCUCCUCAGCAGCAGAUGGUGUUUCAGCAUACAGCAGUAGGUGCUGUCAAUGAAACAAACCAGGGGUAUCUCGUUGUUCUUACUCCUUCUCUUGCACAGGAGCUUAUUAUGAACGGGCACACUGUCUACUUCCAGACAGGCUUUGCAACUCGUGCAGGCUUCACUGAUGCUGAAUACACCAAAGUUGGUGCACAGAUGUGCCGCACUGCAGAGGAAGUCUACCGCAACUCUCGCAUCAUCCUUAAGGUUUACACCCCUCAGGAGCAGGAGUACCAGUACAUUCAGCCUCAGCAGGUUAUAUUCUGCUUCAUUAGCUCUGCAGCGACAAAGGAUCAGCAGCAGCAGCAGCAGCGUUUUAUGCAGGUCUUGCAUCGUCUUCAGGCAACUCUUAUCUCUUACUCUACCCUUCAGAGCACUCCUUCUACCCUCAACACCACCACCACUGCAUUCACCCCUGUGCAUAAUGCAGUAAACGAGGUUGCUGGAUAUCUGGGUGUACAGCAGGCAAUGCAGAUGAUCUCUGAAAAGAAAGGAAUACUCUUCGGUGGUGUUACGGGUACACUUGGAAACAAUGUCUUGAUUCUAGGUGCUGGGCCUUGCGGUGUACGUGCAGCUAUGCUUGCUGCAGCUCAGGGAGCUCGUGUUACUGUUAUGGAUACCAACAUGGAGGCUCUGAACAACUUGGAGAACAACACUGGAAAUUUCAAUGUAUAUACACUUCAGUAUACUCACAACAAUCUUGAAAAGAUCCUUCCUAACGUUGAUGUUGUUCUUGGCUGCGUUAUUCCUCCGACUUGCAAGGCUCCUAUUCUUAUUAAUGAACAGCAGAUGCAGUUGCUGCCUCAGGGCUCUAUUGCAAUUGAUCUGGCUGCAUGCAGAGGAGGGAACUUCGCCACCACCAACCAAACCAUUGAAAACAACAACAACAACAACAACAACAACAACAACACUAACACGCAUACAUGGAACGGUAUCCGCAUGUACACCCCAACUGAUAUCUCUUCUCUUGCACCUCAGACUGCCUCCACUGCUAUUUCACAGACAUCUCUUCCUUUCAUCUUGCAGGUUGCAAACAAAGGGUGGAAGAAGGCUGUUCUUGAAUUCGUAGGGCUCCAGGAGGGGCUCUUCGUUGCAAAUGGUUUCUUCACAAACAACUACAUCGCCUCUCUAAACGGCUGCCAAUACACCCCAGUUGAACAGGUCCUUGAAACCGAAAUCCAGCAGAUCGCUACCCAGCAAACAAACAACAUUCAGCAGCUUAAACAGCAGCUCACCAGCUUCCGCACUCAGCAGCAGCAAUCCAACACCUUCACUGUCCAGGCUUAA